AUGGAAAAAUAUCGUUUGUUGAAGUUGUUUCUUGAUAUCUUUGAGGAAUCAGUUAAGCAAGAUGUUUUUUUGCCUAGUACCUUUAGCUUGUAUGUUGAGGGUCCUUGUGGUAAGGUUGAAUUGAAUGAUGAUAAGACUUUAAGGCUUCUGUGGGGAUGGAAUUGGGGUAAAGACACUGCUGAAAUUUGGGUUGAGGGAACAGAUAAACCAGGAUUGGUGUUUAGGAAUGCUGUUGCAACAAUUGAGAAUCAUAGAAAGGAAAAAGAGAGACAACUUAAGGAGAGACAAGAGGAACUGUUGAGGGCUCAAAGAGAGGAGGAAGAGGCAAUGAGGAAACAACAGGAAAGGGAGGACAUUUUGAGGGAAAUACAGGAACAAAUGGAGUACACUGUGGCUAUGGAGGUCCCUGUUGUUGAUUGUGAGGACAUGAAGGUUGAGUAUGUGAGAGUCAUUAGCAAAGAUGAUGCUGAUGAGGUGUUUCCAGGUUGCUCUCAACCACAACAAACACAAGAAUCCCCAAAGAAACAACCCACCCCACCCAAACACACAAAUCAUGUUGCUUCUAAGUCAAAAGGCAAGGAUAAGCCUGCUUCUAAGAAACUAACCCCCAAAAGGAGGGCAUCAGCUAAACAACCCACCCCACAGAAACAACCCACCCCACCUAAACAACCCACCAAACAACCUACACCACCACCCCCACCACCCCCACCACAGAAAGAACCCACCCAACCAAAACAACAACAACACACACCACCACCAGAACAUCCCACCUCUCCACCACAACAACAACAACACACACCACCACCAGAACAUCCCACCCCUCCACCACAACAUCACACCCCUCCACCACCACCACAAAAUCCCACUCCACCACAGAACAACCAAACUGAUGAGCCUAACAAUCAAGCACCACCUGAUCAAGCUCAGCCAGUGAAAAAGAAGGGGGGCAGAGCUAGACCUGAGGGGUUUAGGGUUAACAAAGUCACUGCUAAGAAGGCUGGAACUUGGGUUUCCAAGGGAAAGGGAAAAGGGAGAAAGGGUACAGGAAGGUCUAAGACACCAGGGGUUUUUGCUGAUGUUGGUGAGAUAUGUUCAGAAGAGGAGAGUGAGGAUUCUGAUUAUGAGGAAUCAGAUUCUGAACAAGAGGAUGUUCUGAAUGAUUGGAUUGAUUCUGAUGUUGAUGAUGAGGUGAUUCCUGAUGAUAUUCCUGAUUUGGGGUUUGAGGAUUGUCUAAAUGGUUCCUCAAAGAUGGAUAAGGCCUAUAAAAAUGGCAAAAUAUGGACUGAUCAACCAUAUGGGUCCAUUAAUGUUGAGAAGUUACUGCAUACAGGAGGGGUUGGGCUUAGUGUUGAGAGGGCUGACAAUAGGAGGUACACAGCAGUGUGUGCAGUGGAGUCAUGUGACUGGAGGAUACAUGCCAGUAGGUUGUUUGACAAUGUUAGCUGGGCCAUUAAGGUGAUCAGUGGGUCCCACAGAACUUGUGGGAGGCUUGAGGAGAAUCCAGUGGUGACCUCUGAGUGGUUGUGUAAGCAUAUGUUGGGGGAAAUAGAGGCAAAUCCAGAGAUUCCAGUGGAGACAUUGAGGAGGUAUGCACAGGAGAAGUUUCAGUUGAGGGUGAAAAAGAGGCUAUUGUACAAGGUCAGGAGUAUGGCAAAGGGAAAGCUGCAUGGUGGUUGGGUUGUAGCAUAUGAGCUGUUGCCUAGAUAUGCUGAGAUGAUUAAGCAAACAAACCCAGGGAGUCAUGCACUUAUAACAUGGGGGGCCAGUAGUGGGGAUGUGAACCCAAAAUUCAGAGCUUGCUUCUUCUCAUUUGCUGCACAAGUCAGGGGGUUUCUAAGGGGUUGUAGGCCCAUAAUUGGAAUAGAUGGGGCUCAUUUAAGUGGUUUCUACAAGGGCAUUCUACUGACAGCAGUUGGCAUAGAUGGGAACAAUGAAAUUUUUGUUCUUGCCUAUGGGAUAGUAGACACUGAGAGUUGUGACAGUUGGACCUACUUCAUGAGAUGUUUGAGGCAAAUGUUUGAGCAGGAGGGUUGCAACAGAGAUGAUUGGACCUUCAUCAGUGAUAGGAUGAAGGGUGUUGAGUUGGCAGUUAGAGAAACUUUUCCUAGAGCAACUAGGAGAGUUUGCUGCCAACACCUAUACAUGAAUUGUAAGAACAAUGGCUUCAGUGGAUCUGCAUUCCACAAGCUCUUUUGGAUAGCUGCUAAUGCAUACAAUGAGUAUGUGUUUGGUAAGGCCAUGGAAAAGAUCAGUGAGUACAAUGCAAAUGCCACUGCAUACUUGAACAGCUGCAUUGAGCAGUGGUCUAGGCAUAAGUUUGACUCUACUGUUUGUUGUGAUCACAACACAACAAACUUUGUGGAGUCAUUCAAUGCAUGCACAAAGCCCUUCAGAGACAUGCCUGUCUUCUCAUUAUUGGAAGCAAUCAGAAGUUGGUGUAUGCAGAGGGUGGGGGCUAGAUUUGACAAGGCAGUUGACAUGGAGGAAGGUCAGCUCACUGCAUAUGCAUUGAAAGAGUUAGAGGAGAGGACAGCUGAGUCCAGGUUAUGUUAUGCCACAGCAUGUGGAGGGGGUGAAUUUGAGGUUAGGGAUGGACAUGUCAACUUCCCAAUUAGGCUUACAACAAGAAGUUGUGCCUGUGGGAAGUGGCAGAUCUGUGGAAUCCCCUGCAAGCAUGCACUGAGGGUCAUAUAUGACCAAAGGAUGAACCCCCAUGAUUUCAUAUCCCCAUGGUUCAAGGCUGCUGCAUACAAGCUAACCUAUGCAGAACAUAUUCAUCCUAUGGCAGAUCCAUCUCAGUGGCCUGACUUUGGCCUUCCUUCCAUUCAUCCUCCAACCAUCAAAAGACCAUCUGGCAGACCUGCUAAGAAGAGAAAGAGAGGGGCAAAUGAACCAAAGAAAGGGAAGAGGAACACAAAUGUGAAAUGUGGAAAGUGUAGAGAGUUUGGUCACAACUCAAGAACAUGCAAGAGUGGAGGAACAAGUGCCACUGGACCAAGUACUUCAAAGAGUGGUGCAGCAGGAGCAAGUACAUCAAAUGGGGGACCAAACACAAGGAAGAGGUCAAAGGCAGCUGCAUAGUCACCUCAGUGGGCUAUAUUUUGUGAAUUGUAGUGCACAAAGCUAAACUAACUUAGUCAAAUCAGUUUAGUCAGAAUCAGUUUAGUUAGAAUCAGUUUUUGGAAACAGUUGUGCAGAGAUCAUUUUUUGGAAACAGUGAAAUGCUUAGAACACCUCUUUUUGUGCAGUUCAGUGGUGUUUGUCCACUUAAAGUUCAGUUUAUGUAAAGCUUAUUUGCUUGAACAAGUAUUUAUGGAACAAAGUCUCUUUAUUUCAUGAAA